UGUUUGACGUCUUGUGAGCUUUUCCUCGCGAAGGGCGGACUCCACGAGAAGACAAAAAAAAACAGAUUUGUCUCGUCUUCUUCACUUAUUACUGUCAAUAUACUCCUGAAGUCGUCUUUCCUUUUAGAGAGAGAGAGAGAGAGAGAGAGAGCGCUUUUUCAAGAAUCGUCUGUUUUUUCGUCGCAGCAAUGGCGUGUUCCAAUUUUGUGAAAUUAAGCCCAUCGUCUACGCCGUGGAUCGGCCACCAAUCCUUCAAUCAACGAUCGUCUCGCCUAGCCGCCCCUCGCCAUGUUGCCGUCAUCCGUGCCGGAGCUUACUCCCACGAACUUGUCGAAACCGCCAAAUCUAUUGCAUCUCCCGGUCACGGAAUCCUUGCCAUUGAUGAAUCAAAUGCUACCUGUGGGAAGAGGUUAUCAUCUAUUGGCCUGGACAAUACUGAAGUCAACAGGCAGGCUUAUAGACAGCUUUUGCUGACAACUCCUGGCCUGGGUAAAUAUAUUUCUGGUGCAAUUCUUUUUGAGGAGACACUUUACCAGUCAACCACAGAUGGGAAGAAGUUUGUCGAUUGCUUGCGUGAGGAGAAAAUCGUACCUGGCAUCAAAGUCGAUAAGGGUUUAGUUCCCCUACCAGGGUCCAACAAUGAAUCUUGGUGCCAGGGAUUAGAUGGACUGGCUUCUAGAUCCGCUGAAUACUAUAAGCAAGGUGCUCGCUUUGCUAAGUGGCGCACUGUUGUCAGCAUCCCUUGUGGUCCUUCUGCUUUAGCUGUGAAAGAAGCUGCGUGGGGGCUUGCACGUUAUGCUAGCAUUUCUCAGGACAAUGGUCUUGUGCCUAUAGUGGAACCUGAGAUUCUUCUUGAUGGUGAUCACCCUAUUGAGAGGACACUUGAGGUGGCAGAGCGGGUUUGGGCAGAAGUCUUCUACUACUUGGCAGAGAACAACGUUAUUUUUGAAGGUAUCCUACUUAAGCCCAGCAUGGUUACCCCAGGGGCUGAGCACAAGGAAAGAGCUUCUCCAGAAACCAUUGCCAAAUAUACACUCACCAUGCUCAAGAGGAGAGUACCUCCUGCCGUUCCUGGAAUCAUGUUUUUGUCGGGAGGACAAUCUGAAAUGGAGGCAACAUUGAAUUUAAACGCGAUGAAUCAAAGUCCCAACCCUUGGCAUGUUUCCUUCUCUUAUGCACGUGCAUUGCAGAACACUGUGCUCAAGACCUGGCAAGGACAUCCUGAGAACAUUGAAGCUGCACAAGAGGCUCUUUUGAGUCGUGCAAAAGCAAACUCCUUAGCUCAGCUUGGAAGCUACUCUGCUGAUGGCGAGAGUGAUGAUGCAAAAAAGGGCAUGUUUGUCAAGGGCUAUACCUACUAAACCAACAAUAGUCUGUCUUGCACUUUCUUGGCCUACACUAGGCUUGGUACUUGAUAUUUUUGCAUUAUGUUUUUCUUUGUUAGCCAUGAUUGCUUAGCUUAGUUGUUUUGAAUAAAGGCUUGUGUUGAAAACACAAAUUUGAGUUGCAACCCAGGAGAAGGUGGGGGUUAGAGAAAGAGAGUAUGCUUGUAUUAAUCUAUUUUGGGGUCUUGAAAUGUACCAAGAGCUUGUUCAUCUCUCUCAUGCAAUCUAUGAAUUGCUGGAAUUUUUCA